GAUAGUAAUGGCGGCCUACUGUACACAUAGUUGACGUUUACCGCUAUGCUAUUUCAUUGAGUAUUGUUAUUAUAUCAUACAUUACACAAGUUUUAUCAUACUGUGUAGAACAGGUUUGAGGAACUUAUAUGACUGGCAUCUGAGGAUAUCGUUCGAAAGAUACUUUACCGGAAAUCCAUCAGCUGUGGUUAAGACCCUGCCAGAGAUGGAAGAUGAUUCCUCCCUGCAUCGACUGGAAGGGAGUGACCCCAGUGUUCAGGUCGGGGGGCUGAUAGUGAAGAAGAAGAGUGCUUCGACAGAACAGCAUGUGUUCAGAGCUCCCGCUCCACGCACCUCGCUCCUGGGCCUCGAUCUGCUGGCCGCACAGAAACGCAAGGAGCGCGAGGGCAAGGAAAGUCUGGAUGAUCAACCCAAGAAAUCCAAGGUGUCGUCCUACAAGGACUGGGAGGAGGGACAAAGUGAUUCGGGGUCUGAUGAUGAAAAUCAAGAAGAUGGCGAUAGCAGGAAUGGGAAAAAGGAAAGGAAGUACCGUGUCACUGGCUCAGAAACACCCUCAAACCCAGGAGGGGUUAGUGAGGAGUUCAAGCAGAAGCAUCAACAGAGGGAGAAGGACAGACGUGAGCAUGGGGUUUAUGCGUCCUCCAAAGAAGACAAGAGCAGAGACAAAGACCGAUCCAGAGACAGGGACAGAGACCACGAUCGCUACCGUGACCGAGACAGAAGGAGAGACCGAGAUGAACGGGAAAGCAGCCGCGGCCGUGGCUCAAGCAGCAGUCGCUCUGAGCGCGGUGAUGGCAGCGUGAGGAGUGAACGCUCGCAGAGGGACGGCUCGUCCGACCGCAUGAGUCGUGGUACUCGCCGCGAUGAGCCCGAAUCACCCCACAACAGAUCCAAAGAUUUGGCCACUCCAUCACGCUCCAGCUGGGAUGAGGAUGACAGUGGAUAUUCCAGCUCACGCCACUCUCACUGGGAGAGCCCGUCUCCUGCCCCGUCACACCGGGAGUAUGACCGCUCCGAGCGCAGCCAUCGCUCAGUCCGUGACAGUGAGAGGAGAGACAGGUCAAGUAAACCUCAGUAUCCAGCAGAAACUCCUCUACCAACCCCAUCAUAUAAGUACAACGAGUGGGCCAAUGACAGGAAGCACCUUGGCUCCACCCCACGCCUGUCCAGAGGAAAAGGCGAUAAGAGGGAGGAUAGAGAGGACGGCAUUCUAUUUACUAAUGAAGAAGAGAAGGAACAGUGGGAGGAAGAUCAGCGGCAAGCUGAUCGAGACUGGUACAUGAUGGAUGAAGGUUUUGAUGAGUUCCACAACCCCUUGACAUCCAGUUCAGAAGAAUAUGUGAAGAAGAGGGAGCAGAUCCUACAGAAGCAGACCCAGAAACGCAUCUCAGCGCAGAAACGGCAAAUCAAUGAGGAUAACGAACGCUGGGAGACCAACCGCAUGCUCACCAGUGGAGUGGUUCAGCGUUUGGAGGUGGAUGAGGACUUCGAGGAAGACAAUGCAACCAGAGUGCAUCUGCUUGUCCAUAACCUCGUGCCACCCUUCCUGGACGGGAGGAUAGUCUUCACUAAGCAGCCUGAGCCGGUCAUUCCAGUGAAAGACGCGACCUCAGACAUGGCCAUCAUCUCCCGCAAGGGCAGUCAGCUGGUCCGACGACACCGAGAGCAGAAAGAAAGAAAGAAGGCACAACACAAACACUGGGAACUCGCUGGCACCAAACUGGGAGACAUCAUGGGAAUCAAGAAAACCGAGGAGGAUGGAUCAGAUGGAAAAGCUGUUGGAGAAGAUGGAAAUGUGGAUUACAGAGCGGAGCAGAAGUUUGCUGACCACAUGAAGGAGAAGAAUGAAGCGAGCAGUGAGUUUGCUAAGAAGAAGACUCUAUUACAGCAGAGGCAGUAUCUGCCCAUCUUUGCUGUUCGCCAGCAGCUGCUCAACAUCAUCAGGGAUAACAAUAUUGUGAUUGUGGUGGGGGAAACGGGCAGUGGUAAGACGACUCAGCUGACGCAGUAUCUACAUGAGGACGGUUACACCAGCUAUGGCAUGGUGGGCUGCACACAGCCCCGCAGAGUGGCAGCCAUGAGCGUGGCCAAGAGAGUCAGCGAAGAAAUGAACAGUAACCUGGGAGAAGAGGUUGGUUAUGCCAUCCGUUUUGAAGACUGUACAUCAGAGAAGACUGUAAUAAAAUACAUGACGGAUGGGAUUCUUCUGAGGGAAUCUCUGCGGGAGUCAGAUCUGGACCACUAUAGCGCGGUAAUCAUGGACGAGGCCCAUGAGCGCUCCCUCAACACUGAUGUGCUCUUCGGGCUGCUCCGAGAGGUGGUGUCUAGACGCUCAGACUUGAAGCUCAUUGUCACAUCUGCCACCAUGGACUCGGACAAAUUUGCAGGAUUCUUCGGCAAUGUUCCUAUUUUCCACAUUCCCGGCAGGACGUUCCCAGUGGAUAUCUUGUUCAGCAAGGUUCCUCAGGAGGACUAUGUGGAGGCGGCUGUGAAACAGUCCUUACAGAUUCAUCUCAGCGGGAUGGUGGGUGACAUCCUCAUCUUCAUGCCUGGUCAGGAGGACAUUGAGGUGACGUCAGAUCAGAUUGUGGAGCGACUGGAGGAUCUAGAGAACGCUCCGGCCCUGGCAGUGCUGCCCAUCUACUCCCAGCUGCCCUCUGACCUGCAGGCCAAGAUCUUCCAGAAGGCUCCUGAUGGAGUGAGGAAGUGUAUUGUCGCUACAAACAUCGCUGAGACGUCUCUGACCGUGGACGGCAUCAUGUUUGUGGUGGAUGCUGGUUACUGCAAACUGAAGGUGUUCAAUCCCCGUAUUGGCAUGGAUGCGCUGCAGGUUUACCCCAUCAGUCAAGCCAAUGCAAACCAGCGGGCUGGAAGAGCAGGAAGAACAGGCCCAGGACAGUGUUACAGAAAUGUAUCACUCGCCACUGUAUCACAUUGUGUCUGGCUUGGACAUGUCUUCCACUUCAUGGACCCGCCGCCUGAAGACAACAUGCUGAACUCCAUGUACCAGCUGUGGAUCUUGGGAGCGCUUGACAACACAGGCGCUCUGACGCCCACCGGGCGGCUCAUGGUGGAGUUUCCUCUGGAUCCGGCUCUGUCUAAAAUGCUGAUCGUGUCAUGUGACAUGGGCUGCAGUGCCGACAUUCUCAUCAUCGUCUCGAUGUUGUCUGUGCCGUCAAUCUUCUACCGACCAAAGGGUCGAGAGGAGGAGAGUGACCAGGUGAGAGAGAAGUUCUCGGUGCCUGAGAGUGAUCACCUGACCUACCUCAACGUUUACCUGCAGUGGAAGAACAACAAUUACUCCAGCAUCUGGUGUAACGAUCACUUCAUCCACACCAAAGCUAUGAGAAAGGUGCGUGAGGUGCGAUCUCAGCUCAAAGACAUCAUGGUGCAGCAGAAAAUGAACCUGGUCUCCUGCGGCUCAGACUGGGAUGUGAUCAGGAAAUGCAUCUGUGCUGCGUACUUUCACCAGGCUGCUAAAUUAAAGGGAAUAGGGGAGUAUGUGAACGUGAGAACUGGGAUGCCCUGCCAUCUGCACCCCACCAGCGCUUUGUUCGGGAUGGGCUACACCCCCGACUAUAUCAUCUACCACGAGCUGGUCAUGACCACAAAGGAGUACAUGCAGUGUGUGACGGCAGUGGACGGCGAGUGGCUGGCUGAGCUGGGGCCCAUGUUCUACAGUAUCAAACAUGCAGGAAAGAGCAGACAGGAGAACCGAAAGAGAGCCAAGGAGGAGAUCACCAACAUGGAGGAGGAGAUGUCUCUUGCACAAGAACAGAUCCGUGCACGGAAAGAGGAGCAGGAGAGGAAGAGCAAUCUGGGCAGCGUCAGGUCAAUAAAGAUCUUCACCCCAGGAAGGAGAGAGGAAGCGCCCAUGACACCAAAACGAACACCAGCCCGAUUUGGCUUAUAGUGCUUGUAUCUGCAAUUUCAGGCAGAUAGUAUUGCAAAUAUGAUGUUGCUUCAGUCAGUGCAGUUUUAUUAAAUAUGAUCAUGGCAGUGCUUGGCACAUGCAGCUUCCAGGUUUGUCCAGCAGUAGGAGCAAUUGUAUAAGGAGAACAUUUCUAGUCAUCAUCUCUUCCCCUCAGUUAAAGUGUUAUUUGUGACCGUUUUAGACUGUCCAAAAAAUGGAUGCUAGUACUGCAUUCAAUCAAUGUUUGGCCAAAUUCAAAAACAAACACAUUUGUCGUUCUUAUAUUUGAAUGCACUUGAACUAAAGAAAAAAAAAAUCAGCUUUAUUUGACAUUAUAAAUAUACUUAGUCCAACGACAGGCGCUUUUUUUUUUUUUUUUUUUUUUUUUUUAAUGCUUGAAUGUUUGUGUACGCUAGAACAGUAGAAUUUAUUCAUGCCCUGCUGUAAUAUUCACUUUACCAUUGAAUUAUAAUUCACAUUCUCUCAUAUUUCAGCUUGUGAAAUGCAGCUGUUGUAUCAUUCUUUCAGAGAACACAGAGCAUCCAUGAAUAUUAACUUCCUGUACUUUGAUAGGUUAAUCCCCUGUGGAUGAAGCUUGUCUUUGUUAUUCUGACAAAAACAUUGCUAGAAUAUUUCAUCAUUCUGCUGGAAUCAACACUGACCAGGCGGCGGUCAAACCCCGCGUCGUCUUUGAUGCAAUUGGGCUGCAAGGCAUUGAACAGAUGUGCUGUGUACCGACAGAGAUGACAGGCGUUCACACAAUCCAUGAUCAACCGCUUGCCACCGAGGGCCAUUUCACUUUCUUUCUGAUUUUUAGAGCUGUUUGUAUUUUUGGAAACGUUGAAAAAAGAGGUCUGUUGAACUUUACUAUUCUUCAUUGCUGAUGUGUAGGUACAGUACGUCUGUAUAUUGUGUUUCUUUUUUUGUUGUUGUAAGAUUUAGAUAUGCAGAAGUCAAAACAUGUUUAGAGGCGACAAAUUGUUUUCAGAAAGGCUGGAAAAUGGGAAUAACUCUAUUUUUGAAAGUGUAAAACAUUCAUUCUGUGUCUCCUUUGUAUUUCAAUUUUACUGCUUUAUAUUAGAUAUUAAAGAAAUGAAUCCAGCAAUG